GGCCUCGCUUGUGUGAUACGCGUCGAAUCUGUUUCGUGUGCCCGUGAAAAUCCCCGUGCAGUGAAGUGCCGAAAAUGGUGGUUAGCCAGAAGAACCUGUGGUUGAUUGCGUUUGGUAUCUGUUUGAUUCUCUUCGGUGCCAUUUCGUACUGCAUUUGGCCGACGCUGUUUUUAUCGCAAAUUAAAAAAAUGAUGACUCUGACAAACUCUUCAACAUCGUUCAGCAUCUGGAAGGACAUUCCAAUCCCCAUGUACCUGGAGUGCUUCCUGUUCAACAUCACCAACGUGGACGACAUCCUGGCGGGCAAGAAUGUCUCCAUCCACGUGCAGGAGAUGGGACCGUACGUCUUUCAGGAGAUCAGAAAAAAGGUGAACAUAACGUGGAACAGCAACGGAACCGUAACAUUCCGGAACCAGCGCUGGUGGUACUAUCAACCAGAGAGGACCAACGGCAGCCUCUCAGAUAUGGUGACAACCAUUAACCCCAUUGUUGUGACAAUAGCAUACGCACUGCGCCAUGACCGGUUAAUGUUACGAAUGUUCGUGGACAUGGUGAUGCGAAUGUCACACAAGAACAUAUUCCUGACAGCCAACGCGACGUCCUGGCUAUUCGAUGGCAUCGAGGAUCCCGUGCUGAACUUUGCGAGCCAGAUUCCGAACCUUCCUUACAACAUUCCAUUCGAUAAAUUCGGAUGGCUUUACACACGAAACGGCUCAACAGAUUUUGAUGGAGUUUUCGUCUCAAAUACCGGUGAGAACGACUUCUUCAAACUAGGAGAGUUGCAGAAAUGGCAACACACAAACAGAACAUUGUACAGAGAUAAGUGUGGAGAGCUUAAAGGAUCCACGGGGGAGCUAUGGGCCCCUCAGCGGGGUUUGGAAGAGUUGCACAUAUUUGCGCCUGAUAUAUGCACGCAUAUGACGCUAACAGCAAACGGAACUGUAUCACAUAUGGGGCUCGAAGGGAAGCAGUUUAUAGCGAAUGAUUCUCUGUUUGACAAUGGACAUAAGUACCCUGAGAUGGCAUGCUACUGCGAUGAACCUCGUGACAACAACUGCCCUCCCGCCGGCGCCUUCAAUGUAUCAGCGUGCAGGUUCGGAGCGCCAGCCUUCGUCACCAGACCACACUUCCUUGGCCUGGAGCCCUACUACCCCAACAAGAUACGAGGUCUUAACCCUACUGAGAACCACAAUUUUAAAAUGGCGAUAGAAAUGAACACAGGAAUGCCACUGUCGAUUUCUGCACAACUUCAAGCAAAUGCUCUUGUUAGGCGUAUACCGGGCAUGUCAUUAAACAACCAGCUGCCUGAUCCUGACACCCUGGUACCGAUGUUCUGGUUUAGGGAGGAAGUUCUGGUGAAUGAAGAGUAUGUAAACUUCGCCAAGUCCGCGCUGAGUGCCAAGUUCGACAUUCCCUAUGCUUUCUACGCUUCUAUUGUGAUUGGAAGCACUUUGCUGGCAGUCGGCUUGUGGAGUCGGAAACGUAGCCGAUGUCAGAUAUCGAAGUCAAAACCUAGAGACUUCGAUCCCGCUGUUACGCAGACGUUUCUGAAGAAAGAUCCAAGAUAACGAACCUUCACUAGAGAGAUACUGAUUCUAGAUUAUAAAGACUAUGUAUGUUUCAUAAGCCACGUUAAAAUAUAGGCCAAAAUCACGACGUAAAUCCAGACGAAUAACCUAUUAUGGGAUGUAUAGUAGGUUAAUUGACUAAUGUCAAAGACAACUCCUGCAUUUUCUACUGGUACUUACUUUUAUCUACUGUCUGCGGAACCUCCACAGCCUCUUGGCCAUUGUUCAUUGCAUACUAAUUAGAACCCACUAUUAGACGAUUACAAUAACAGAAUUUUUAGGAGGCAUUUAGAGUAAAUAAUUAUUAUCCAACUCACACUGUCUUAUUAAAAAACGAAAUGUAAAGUUACUCCAUGUAUAAAAUCACUUCUCCGUCAUGUAAUUCUGUAGUGACAAAUGUAAGUUGAAGUCAAAGUUUCAAAAUUGGAAUAUCUUUAUUCCGCGUUUAUUAAUAACACAGUUAGGGUUAAUAAUGUAAUAAGAGUAUUUAUAUCUGAAUCGGCAUUAAGAAUUAAUUUGGGCACCAUAUCUGUAGAUAAAGUUGUCAUCAAUAACGAAGUAGUAAGUAGGUUAAGUUCAAAAAACACAAAAGACAAAUUAUAUUCAAUAAAGACACAUGCGAAUGUCAACUAUAUCCAGUGGAAAUAACUUUUUUUAUGUUAGAGGAGGACAACCGAGUGUUUGGGUGUUUUUUUAUGAAAUUCAGGGACGAGACGAGCAGUAGGUUCAGCUGAUGGUAAUUGAUACGCCCUGCCGAUUACAAUGAAGUGCCGCUCAGGAUUCUUGACAAAACCCACCCACCCCCACCCAUCCUGAGCGGCACCACAAUUGCGCUCGUCACCUUGAGACAUAAGAUGUUAAGUCUCGUUUGUCCAGUAAUUUAGAGAAAUUAUAUAGGGCGCCUUAGAUAGAGAUCUAAAGCGCCCUUCAGACAGAAACACAGUAAUGCUUACACAUUACCGCUUCACGACAGAAAAUGGCUCCGUCAUAUCAAUAGGGUCACUUUAUUGAUCAGCACUGGAUCAACGAGAGAGAGAGAGUCCUAUGUCAGAGAAAUCCACACAUGUAGAGGAACGCCACACAUCCAGAUAUUGAGGAUGAUAUAACUUUUUUGUUAAGUAGUGCGAAGGUGUUAUAACAGAAGGAAUCAGGUCAAACAGCUCUUCGAAACGCUCUCUAUAAAAAAACGGUAAAAAAUGCCAAUGAAGCGAAGUCUUUACUCAACGCCAAAUGAUCUAGACGUUUACAGAGCACUGGAACCCGACAAUUCGAGGAUGGAUUGUUGGGGAGGCCCUUUAUGCACGCCGAUUUUCUGUGCAACUAAUUCGGUCGAACCUGGCCCGUUCCUGCUGUCCUCAUAAAUCGGCAGCAUGACUCUCUCAUCGAAAAGCCGUUGGUCGCCACUUUCUUACGCUCUUACGCCACAUAACAAUCUCCCUUCGACAACUGAAUCUUGUUACUAGAAUAAGCGUAGAAUAUUAAAAUGAAUGUUGAAGGAAAUAAUAAUAUAAUAUCAUCAAUCGAAUAUUUUUUGUAGUAACCUGAGUACUGUUAGAACUCCUAUUCAUAUUUAGUAGGAAGGCGGGGGUCAUAAAAGAUACCUACCUAACAAUGACUUCUCAAUCUUCUUCUUGGUCGCAUUUUUUAUUUCUGAAGGUCAUGUCCGUACUAUCUAACUAUCCUAUGACACUCAUAAAUGGUGUGGAUUUCUAAUGGUAAACAGAAUUUCCAAACUCAUUCCAGUAGAUUGCAACGUCACAAACUUUACCUCUUUAUAAUAAUAGUAGGAUAAUUUUCAUGUCAUCUGGUGUUAAGUGAUCACCGCCGCCUACAUUCUCUUGCAGGACCAGAGGAAUCACAGGAGCGUUGCCGGCCUUUAAGGAAGGUGUAUGCGCUUUUUUAAUCACUAUAAUAUCUGACUUAAUUUCAAUUAAAUUUGAGAUCAAAUAAAUGUUUUCUAACACAGAUUUAUUUUAAAGAAAAUAAGCUUAUCAUAUCGCAUGUUUUCAUAAGAAAUUAUCUUUUUGCUUUUUAUGGUGCAUUCGUUUUAAGUCCUUGUAAGACAGAAUAUGCAGCAGCAUUGUUGAGGUGCCUAAGGUAGGUAUGUCCAAAUAUAUCUUCAUCUACCUCCAAAUGUGUUCAGGAGUUCAUCAAAUAGGGAGAACAGCUGUAGUUGAGUCAUUCCAUGUUGCUUAAAAUUGGUUUUGUUUUAAAUUUGAUUUUUAUAUUUAUUAUGUUUUUAUACAUAUAUCGUGUUACUGUUGCAAAUGUUUAUUUUUAAGUACAUUAUGUUGUAAAUACUAAUGUGUUCUUAGAUAUAAGAAAAUUAAAAUCUGUGUACGUAUUAAAAUUUUAUUUCAG